AUGCCCACCUUCCACCAGAGGCAUUGUGAUUUGACUCCCGAGAUCCUGAGAAUCAGAUACCAGAGAGAACUGGUGCCCACUAGGCUUCCCCCUAUUAUCUCAGAAGAUGGGAAUUAUUCCGUGCACCAGAAUAGCCACACAAGGUACCACGAAGCUGUACGGAAGGUGUUACUAAAGACAUUCCCCAAUCAGGUCUUCAGAGUCCCCUUGACUGAUGCUCAGAACUUCAGCUUCUGGCGGUCCCACCAUCCAGGAGUGCGCCCAGAGGAAACCACGCCAUGGAUCCGGAGCCCCCGCCACUGCCUCAUUAAAAGCCCAAUGACCAAGUGAGGCUGAGAGGGGUAAGGGUGGGGAGACCAA